UUGCGACACCAAGUGGCCCGUUCCGAAACUGAAAGUUCGCAUGUUGUGGACACAAAACCUCAUACGAAAGAAAAAAGUUUGAAACAAAUGUUUAAAUUUCCAUGAUUUAAGUGUUCACAAGUAUUGAAAAUGUUGGUGAGAUUACCUCAAACGCCGCUGGCUACGGCAUUCAAAAACAGUUCUACUCCAAUCAAGUAUUUCAAUGUAUGGCAAAAAUAUAGGUUUUCAUCACAAAAUAAAUCCGAAAUUCCACCUAAACCAAUUGUCACACCGUUCCCUCCGCUUUCCCAACCGGUAGAAAAUUUACCCACUCCUAUUUAUUCCUCUGCCAAUGGAGAAAAUCAAGUCACCCAAAUUACUGUUUUGCCCAAUGGUUUGAAAGUCGCUUCUGAAAAUCGUUUUGGACAGUUUUGUACAGUCGGUGUGUUGAUUGAUUCUGGUCCCAGGUUUGAAGUUGCUUAUCCCAGUGGAAUAUCUCACUUUCUCGAAAAAUUAGCCUUCAAUUCUACAAAGAAUUAUUCGAGUAAGGAUGACAUAAUGCUGACCCUAGAAAAACAUGGAGGAAUAUGCGAUUGUCAGGCAUCGAGAGACACGUUUGUGUAUGCAGCUUCAGCAGAAAGAAAUGGUUUGGAGACAGUAACACGUAUUUUGGCUGAUAUUGUUUUGAGGCCACAAAUUACAGACGAGGAGCUCGAUGUAGCAAGGCAAACUGUGGAAUUCGAAUUAGACUCUUUGUUGACGAGACCUGAACAAGAGCCAUUGCUGAUCGAUAUGAUUCAUGCUGCUGCAUACAGAGAAAAUACUCUAGGACUGCCAAAAAUAUGCCCAGCAGGAAAUAUUCAAAUGAUCGAUCGUAAAAUAUUGUUAACAUAUUUGAAAAAUCACUACACACCAAAAAGAAUGGUUGUGGCUGGUGUCGGCAUCGAUCACAAGGAUUUAGUCAAUGCGGUUGAAAAAUAUUUUAUGAACGAAAAACCAAUUUGGGAGGAAGAAAGUAGUCUCAUUCUAGAUGACAAGUCGGUCUAUCGUGUCGACGAAUCGAUCGCUCAAUAUACUGGCGGCUACAUUAUGGAUGAGUGUAGUGUCCCAGUUUACGCUGGUCCGAGUGGUCUUCCAGAAUUGUCUCACGUGGUAGUUGGUUUGGAAGGUUGUUCGCAUCAAGAUUCAGAUUUUAUCGCCAUGUGCGUCCUGAACAUGAUGAUGGGUGGAGGUGGAAGCUUUAGUGCUGGUGGUCCUGGAAAAGGAAUGUAUACGCGACUUUAUACGAACGUUUUGAAUAGGUAUCACUGGAUGUACAGUGCAACUGCAUACAAUCAUGCCUAUGCUGACACUGGACUUUUCUGUAUUCACGCAUCCUCGACCCCGGCUCACAUUAAAGAAAUGGUCGAGGUUGUAGUUCGCGAAUUGGUCACUAUGGCUGGAAAUAUUUCAGAAAACGAACUAUCGAGAGCCAAGAAACAGCUGCAAUCCAUGCUGCUAAUGAAUCUGGAGCAACGGCCAGUUGUUUUUGAGGACAUUGGACGUCAGGUAUUGGCCACCGGUUCGCGGAAAAGGCCCGAAUACUUUAUACAAGAAAUCGACAAAAUAACGAAAGACGACGUGACCAGGGUAGCUCGACGUUUGUUGAAAUCUCCGCCGAGUGUGGCAGCUCGUGGAGAUGUUCGAAACGUUCCAACGUUGGCGGACAUCCAGGCAGGGUUGUUGGACAGUCAAGGACGCAUGCCGGGCGCGAGAAGUCGACUCUCGCUUUUUCGUUAACAAUUUAAAGCAACGUCUCGGUGAUGCAGAGAUCGAGAAGUUUUUUAAAUCCAUUUACUCACACUCGGAUCGGAUAGCGGAUCGAUCAACCAUUGUGAAAAAUGGCACAAAAUAAUUUUCAAAAUGGGUUAUAACUCGAUUCGCCUAGUCGUAAAAAAUGAGCAUUAAAACAAUCAUUUUUUUCCGCUCGAAAACGGUCUCGAAAAUUUGUGAAUGACUCCAAUCGCUGAUUCUCGAUCGAACCAUUUUUCAUACCUUCAAAUUUAGUUCGACCAUGUUCCUACUUGGAACAACGAAACCGCUUAAGUAUAUUUAUAUAGAAAGAACAAAAUCAGAGAUAAUAAAGUAUGAACUGUGAAUCAUUUAAA